CAAGCCUUUGCUUCUUACCAAAACAUAUCUUUAUCAAAGUCGCAUUUUCUUGCCCAAUACAACCACCAAUGGCCAUCGUACAAAAGCUGAGGCGGUCUUUAUCAAGUGAAAGAAGAUCAGCUGAGGUUCCGAAGGGGCACUUAGCCGUUUACGUUGGGGAGAACAGCGAAAAGAAGCGGUUCGUUGUUCCGGUGUCUUAUUUGAAGAAUCCUAUGUUUCAAGAAUUGCUGUCUCAAGCUGAGGAGGAAUUCGGGUUCUAUCAUCCUAUGGGAGGCCUAACCAUUUCCUGCAGAGAAGAUUUAUUCGUGGAUCUCACAUCUCACUUGAGCAAGCAAUAAAACACAUUCAUCUCUACAUAAAUAGAUAGAAAGAUAGAAAACUAGAUUCUAGUAUUGUUUUCGGGGACAUUUAUCCUUUCAUUUAUCUAGGAUUUGUUUAGCCCGGACAAGAAUUGUAAUUCCUUACAAGAAAGUUAAACUCCACAAAUACAUUUCAAGAAAAACCUGUUGGAUCAAUUUCAUAAUGUAAAGCCUUACAUGAUUAGGCCAGUCGCUGCAUAUUCAUUGUAAUAACACAUUAAUUCCAAUCCCCUUUUUUAUGUCUAUCCAAAUAAAAAGGAUAAAAGACCAUAGACAGCUAAAAUAUGCCGGUUAUCGACUCUGAUCCUGCUUGGAAGAAGGGCUGUAUAAAAUCCUCUGGUCAAUAAAUCCU